AUGGAACGUAGAUACGAACUGCCCACUGUUCAAAGUGCAGACGAUUGGAUGGCUUCAACAUUCACUUGCUUCAUAUUGAUUGCUGCAAGCGCAGUGCUGACAGCUGUAAGAGCAAGAGGAUCACCAUUUGCUUGUGAUGUUCCACAAACUUAUUCUGGUGAAUGGGCGCAAACUGCUGAAGUAGAAUGUUUCAUGAAAGGACUUCAUUUUCCAUGGAAUGUGAGAAACCACGAUUCUCCGCUACAACGAGUUCCGCUCGAUGGAGCCGAGCCAAGAAAUUUUUGUUCAAAGUUUAAAAAGUGUACUAUUCCUCUUUAUUUCCUCUUAUUAUAA